CUCACACACAGAAACAGAGGAAGCCGCCGGACGCAUCAAAACUAGAACCGGCGAACAUAAUAACAGUAGCCACCGAUGAUGGCAGCACUUUCAAUUGGCUCAAUUGGCGUAGCCACCUCUGCCGCUGGCAUCAACCGCGUCCGUACAAAGUCAAAACCGACCAAUUUCAGGCCCAAAAUCUCCUGUAUCGGAUGGGAUCCGGAAGGUUUAUUGGGUCCGCCGCAAACAGGGCACAUCGCUCGCCGGGAGUUCCAGAGACGGCUUGAGAAAGACGCAGAUGCUCGAGAAGCAUUCGAGCAACAUGUACGAGAAGAAAAGGAGCGACGCAGAGCUCUUCGCCAAUCCAGGGUGAUUCCGGAUACUCCAGAAGAGCUGGUAGAGUACUUUCUCAACACAGAAGCGCAGGAGAUUGAAUUUGAGAUUGCCAGACUAAGGCCUAGGUUGGACCAAGAACUUUUCUCGCACCUCCAAUUUGAAAUAGGACAGAUUCGGUUUGCUGUUUCAAAAACUGAGGCGAUGGAGGAUAGAUUGAUUGAGCUGGAAGCGCUACAGAAGGCUUUGCAAGAAGGAACAGAAGCAUAUGAUACGAUGCAAGGUGAGCUUAUAACAGCGAAGCAAAGCCUCACGAAAAUUUUGACAUCAAAGGAUGUAAAAGCCACGUUGUUGGAAAUGGUGGAGCAAAACGAACUAAAUAGAUCCUUAUUGACCCUUUUGGAUGAAAACAUAGCAAAUGCGCAGAUAGCAAACCAGAAACAAGCAGCAGCUUUCAUGGAAAAGGUUCGUGCAGCUGUUCUCAAGUACAUCACAGUCUAGUAUAGAGGUGGUAAAGGAUUAGUGUUUUGGUCUUUGUAGUAGUAACCGUAUUGAUGUAGUGGCAGUAGUUAUUGUAUUAGUUAAAAAUUUGGGUCAAGAAUGGGAAUUUAAUGUAUCUGUAAAAAAGAGUGGGUUUAGUGUUACCAUCCAUUUACAAACAAAGAUACAACUGUUUCCUCCAGGGAGAAGAUGGAUCUGUUCCAAUUGUCAGUUUUUUUUGUGGAUACAACAUUAUUCUAGUCAAUUUAUACUCCUGUGUGUGUAAUUAUGUGUUUACUUGCAUGCAGUUAUAUUUUAUAAAGAAACUUAUUCAAA